AUGAAGUUUGUGUUGGUGACUGGAGGAGUGGUGAGUGGGCUGGGGAAAGGCGUCACCGCCAGCAGCGUUGGCGUCGUUCUUAAAGCUUGCGGCCUUCGAGUCACUUCCAUCAAAAUCGGAGGAGUGGUGAGUGGGCUGGGGAAGGGUGUCACCGCCAGCAGCGUCGGCGUUGUUCUUAAAUCUUGUGGGAUUCGCGUCACUUCCAUCAAGAUCGAUCCAUAUUUGAAUACUGAUGCUGGUACUAUGUCUCCUUUCGAACACGGAGAGGUUUUUGUUUUAGAUGAUGGAGGAGAGGUCGAUCUAGAUUUGGGGAAUUAUGAGCGAUUUUUGGAUGUGACACUUACAAGAGAUAAUAAUAUUACGACUGGGAAGAUAUAUCAGUCCGUCCUUGAAAAGGAAAGGAGAGGUGACUACCUUGGAAAGACUGUUCAGGUAGUUCCACACAUAACAGAUGCGAUCAGAGAAUGGAUUGAGAGGGUAUCUGCCAUACCCGUGGAUGGAAAAGAGGGUCCUGCAGAUGUUUGUGUCAUUGAAUUGGGGGGGACUGUAGGUGAUAUUGAGUCAAUGCCGUUCAUUGAGGCUUUACGACAAUUAUUUUUUGCAGUGGGACAAGAUAACUUCUGCCUCAUUCAUGUCAGUCUAAUUCCUGUUCUUGGAGUCGUGGGUGAGCAAAAAACUAAGCCCACUCAGCAUAGUGUACGGGAAUUGAGAGCUUUAGGAUUGACUCCUCACUUUUUGGCUUGCCGUUCGGCUCAGCCGUUACUGGAAAGUACAAAGCAAAAGCUUUCUCAAUUUUGUCACGUACCUGUCAGUAAUAUUCUUAACAUUCAUGAUGUUCCAAAUAUUUGGCACAUUCCUCUACUGCUUCGGAACCAGAAUGCCAAUGAUGCUAUUCUAAAGCAUCUAAACCUUUUGAGGGUUGCAACUCCUCCUGAUUUGCAAGAAUGGACUAAGAGGGCAGAGACUUUUGACAACCUCCAAAAUACUGUGCGGAUUGCAAUGGUUGGGAAAUAUGUUGGUUUGACAGAUUCUUAUUUGUCUGUAGUUAAGGCCCUUCAGCAUGCGUGCAUUGCAUGUUCACUGAAGCUUUCGAUUGAUUGGAUUGCAGCUUCAGAUCUUGAACCUGAAAGUGCAGAAUCAACGCCUGAAGCAUAUGCUGCUGCCUGGAAGACUCUUGAAGAAGCUGCUGGAAUUUUAGUACCUGGUGGAUUUGGGGAUCGUGGUGUCCAGGGAAUGAUUCUUGCUGCCAAAUAUGCUAGGGAGAAGAAUGUUCCAUAUCUUGGGAUUUGCUUGGGCAUGCAGAUUUCUGUCAUUGAGUUUGCAAGAUCUGUUUUAGGAUUGUCUCGAGCAGAUAGUACAGAGUUUAAUGCUGAUACACAAAACCCUGUUGUAAUUUUCAUGCCCGAGGGUUCAAAAACACACAUGGGAAGUACGAUGAGGCUUGGAAGUCGAAGAACAUUGUUGCAGACUCCUGAUUGUAUCACUGCUAAAUUGUACCACAGUUCGGAAUAUGUGGACGAGAGACACCGGCACAGAUAUGAGGUCAAUCCUGAGGUAGUUGCCAUUUUGGAGGAAGCUGGUUUGCGAUUUGUUGGAAAAGAUGAAAGUGGUAAAAGAAUGGAGAUUCUAGAGCUUCCCAGCCAUCCAUUCUAUGUUGGUGUUCAGUUCCAUCCAGAGUUUAAGUCACGCCCUGGAAGACCAUCGGCAUUAUUUUUAGGCCUGGUUCUGGCUGCUUCGAGGCAAUUGGAAGAGUAUCUAAAGCAGCAACAGAAUGGAAGCUUAUAG